AUGGCUCACUUCAAUGCAAUUCUUGGAUACUCAUCUCCAGCUACUGCUAUUGCUCCUACCACGCAUGCAAGAGAACACGUGCUUCAUCACCGGUUCUGCAAGGCAAAGACUUCAUCAUUCAAAGAGUUGAGAUCAUCAAGAUCAGGUGUUGGCGCUGCAGCUAAACCUCAAGUUGUGAAAGCAAUUCUGCAUAAAGAUGUAGAAAUUUCUGACACCAAGAAGGUUGAUGGACUCAAAGGUAAAUUGGAUAAGGUUGUUCUGGCUUACAGCGGUGGCUUAGACACAUCGGUUGUUGUCCCCUGGCUGAGAGAGAACUAUGGUUGCGAAGUCGUUUGCUUCACUGCUGAUCUAGGCCAAGGUGCAAGUGAGUUCGAAGGUUUAGAAGAGAAGGCAAAAGCUAGUGGAGCUUCUCAGUUAGUGGUGAAAGACUUGAAGGAGGAAUUUGUUAGGGAUUAUUUAUUCCCUUGCUUACGCGCUGGCGCGAUUUAUGAGAGGAAGUAUUUGCUUGGAACCGCAGCAGCUCGCCCUGUUAUUGCAAAGGCUAUGGUGGAUCUUGCGAGUGAAGUUGGAGCUGAUGCGGUCUCGCAUGGUUGUACCGGGAAAGGAAAUGAUCAGAUUCGGUUCGAGCUUUCAUUUUUCGCUCUGAAUCCCAAGUUAAAUGUUGUGGCUCCGUGGAGAGAGUGGGAUAUUAAAGGAAGAGAAGAUUGUAUUGAGUACGCUAAGAAGCAUAACGUACCGGUUCCUGUAACGAAAAAAUCUAUAUAUAGCCGUGACAGGAACAUUUGGCACUUAACUCAUGAAGGCGAUGAUUUGGAAGAUCCGGCCAAUGAGCCUAAAAAGGACAUGUACAUGCUGACCACUGACCCCGAGGAUGCUCCAAAUCAACCAGAAUACGUGGAGGUUGGAUUUGAGUCGGGCAUUCCCGUGUCAGUGAACGGGAAGAGGCUUUCACCGGGAAAUUUGCUUGCUGAGCUAAAUGAGAUAGGUGCAAGGCAUGGAAUAGGCCGUGUGGACACAGUUGAAAACCGCAUUGUAGGCUUGAAGUGCCGAGGAGUUAAUGAAACUCCUGGUGGCACCAUUCUAUACACAGCAGCAAAAGACUUGGAGAGUUUAACUCUUGAUCGCGAAACACUUCAGCUUAAAGACUCGCUAGCACUUAAAUAUGCAGAGCUGGUGUAUGCUGGAAAGUGGUUCGACCCACUUCGGGAAUCAUUGGAUGCAUUCAUGGAGAAGAUCUCAGCGACUACAACAGGUUCAGUGACGCUGAAACUGUAUAAGGGUAAUGCUUUUGUGACAAGUAGGAAGAGUCCUUAUAGUUUAUAUAGGAAAGAUAUCGCUUCGUUUGAAGACGGGGAGAUAUAUAAUCACGCCGAUGCUGUUGGGUUUAUAAGGCUUUAUGGUCUUCCAAUGAGAAUCAGAGCAAUGAUGGAACAAGGCAUUUAA